CGCCCCUGAGCGGAAGUGGCGCGGCGCGGAGGCGGCGGCGGCGAUGGCGGAGAAGUUCGACUCGCUGGAGGAGCACCUGGAGAAGUUCGUGGAGAACAUCAGGCAGCUCGGCAUCAUCGUCAGCGACUUCCAGCCCAGCAGCCAGACGGGGCUCAAUCAGAAACUGAAUUUCAUGGUGACGGGUUUGCAGGAUAUCGAUAAAUGCCGGCAGCAGCUUCACGAUAUCAGCGUGCCCUUGGAAGUUUUUGAAUACAUAGAUCAAGGCCGCAACCCUCAGCUUUACACUAAAGAGUGUCUGGAGCGAGCUUUGGCUAAAAAUGAGCAAGUGAAAGGAAAAAUUGACACUAUGAAGAAAUUUAAAAGCCUCUUAAUUCAAGAACUGACAAAGGUGUUCCCAGAAGAUAUGGCAAAGUACAAAGCUAUUAGAGGGGAAGAUCCUCCUCCUUAAGUUGGCCUUUGAUAGCUCUAAAAAUGUCCCAUAAAUUGACACCACCUUAUAAAAACAUUGAAUGGAGAGAGAGGGAAUCCAAGCCCUCCUAACAACUGUACUAAAAAUGGCAGUGGUGACUCUAAAGGAGCUUGAUGGUUGUUCAUGGUUCUGGGCUGAAGCUACUGAAUUUUUCUGAAGACUUCUACUCAGUGAUUGUGGUUGAAACUUCUUAUGGUAAUCUGCUUUUCUUUCCUGAAGGGUUUGACAAAUGUAAUUGCCUACAGGCCAUCAAUGCAGAGCAUUUUCCACAAAGUGCAUUUCCAUAGCAGAAAAACAUGUUGUUUCUUUUUUCUUCUGAAAAGUGUGCCUCAGGAUUGUGGGCUCAUCUGUUUUUUAAGAGAAAUGCAUUUAUUACACUUGAUUAUUUUUCAUUUGUAAACUUCAGGGGUUUUUCUUUUACUCCAGUAUGAACAGUUGACUGCUUUUGUCUUGCCAAAUUCUACUGAGCAGGAGCCUGUCAAGGGCUGCAGUUCUCAUGUGUCAUAAUUAGUUGCAGCCAGGAAAACCUUCAGAUCUUGUUUUGUUCUGGGAGCUGCAGUGCAGAUGGCUGAGGAUAUAAAAAGUGAGCAUACCUGGGGACUAGCUCCUCUACGACUUUAAUAUUUUGUACAGUAUUUAAUGUAAGCUUUUGUUUAUUAAUUUUCUGCAAGCAGGUUGUUGAAUAAAAAUUUGAAAAAAAUCUAAAUCCUGACAUUCUUCUUUUGUAUGCUUCUCUUUGGAGUGUGAACUGAAAGCUGUGAAAAAAUAGUGUAUUCCUCAGUUCCACGCUGAUAGAAAUACAAUGUGUUAAGAUCCAAUCAAAACUUGUCUCUUAAAUUUUUA